AUGCCCCUCUUUGUUUUCUUUCUGUUGGCCUUGACUCUCACGGGCUCAACCGUCGCUGUGAGCGCUCCCGCCUCUCCCUAUGUGACGCCGGGGGUCUCGUUUAAUCCCACUGUGGCAGCCUCAGAGGUCCCCAGGCAGAUGGCAAACGUAUACCAGCUACCCCUGCGACCGCUGGAUUCUUCAGUUGCUCCAUGGGGUGCCAAUGUCAGCAAGGUAGACAACGACAGGGAACUCCAAGAUGACGGCGUCUACCGGCUGUCUAUUAACGACCACAGAUCCUUCCCCAAACCCCACCAACCGAGUUCCACGGGGUUGGUUUAA